GUCACACAAUUGUGCUUUGGUGUGCUCGCUUUUAACAAGGAAAUAGCGCUCGUUUGAUAUCAAGAUGCAUUUAUAGAGUUUAGAAGCGGCUGUACGCCACUUUACUUGGAUUUAGCUCUUUUUAAACGCCAUUUCUGGUGUUCAACAUGGCAGGACAAGUUGCUAUCCUCAGGAUGCGAGCCUGUUUGGUCUUGUUGCUCCUGUGCUUGACUGAAGACCAGCAAGCCUCAGCCUCGGAGACAGUGAGAAGUUUCUAUGACACCCUGAAUGUUGAGCGGACAGCCUCGGACACCCAGAUAAAAAAGUCUUUUCGCAGCCUGGCAGUGAGGUACCACCCUGAUAAGAACAAGAGCGCCCAAGCUGAAACCACUUUCAGGGAGAUUGCAGAAGCCUAUGCAGUGCUGUCAGAUAAGAAGAAAAGGCGUCUCUAUGACAGCGUGGGUCAUGAGGCCUUCUUGGAAAACCAGGCCUCAUUUGAGGAUGAGGAUGAGGAUGAGGAUGAGACCAGCUUCCACUUCAGUUUCUCAGACUUAUUCCAGGAUUUCCAUGACAGUGCCUUUAUGGAUGAACCACACGUUCACUGGAGCUUCUUCCAGGAAGAGGAAGAGGAUGAGGAGUACAUUCACGACAGACAUUACAGUUCUGAAGAGACUGCCUUCAGCUUUUAUUUUGAUGAUGGAAAUGAGGAGGAGCAUUACUAUUGAUUUAUAGUUUUAAUAUACCCUCUUUUAUUUAUAAUAAAGUUUUUCAAGGAAAUUG